AUGGCCUCUCGAUCCGCCCAAGCAACCACUCUGGCCGCCGCUGCGAACAAGAAACGAAAGAAUGCCGACCUAGGGGAGGAAGAUGGCGAAGGAAGAGCGCUGACGAGACCGUCGAGGCCAUACAAGUCGAAGGUCUUGAUCCUCUGCUCGCGAGGGAUCACUUACCGAAUGCGACACCUGAUGAACGACCUUGCGAAUCUGAUCACUCACGGUAAAAAAGACGCUAAAUUGGACUCAAAGCAUGCCCUCCCGUCAAUCAACGAAUUGGCAGACCUGAACUCGUGCAACCAUGCCCUCUACUUCGAGGCUCGUCGACACUCCGAUCUCUACCUGUGGGCCACCCGAUGUCCCAACGGCCCCUCAAUCCGCUUCCAUGUUGUCAAUGUUCACACGAUGGACGAGAUGAAGAUGACUGGAAAUUGUCUCAAAGGAUCCCGUCCGAUAGUCACCUUUGGGAAAGAAUUCGAGGACGAGGCGCACUGGAAAGUGUGCAAGGAAGUCUUGACGAACGUGUUUGCGGUACCUAAGACGGCCCGGAAAGCGAAACCCUUUGUGGACCACAUUAUCAGUUUCUCGAUCGUUGACGGAAAGAUCUGGUUCCGAAACUAUCAAAUCUUACAAAAAUCAACGAUUGAUCCCACGGCGGCUAACAAGAAAAAGACGAGCGAGGCUGACGACUUGAGCUUGACCGAGAUCGGGCCCCGGUUUGUAUUGACGCCAAUAAAGUUAUUUGAGGGCAGUUUCUCUGGACCAUGUCUAUGGGAAAACAAAGACUUUGUGCCGCCCAUCCAAGUCCUCAAGGAGCAGAAGUCCGAAGCUGCACUCAAGUACGUCGGUCGCAAGGAGCAGGAAAGUUCCAGGGAGGCACGUAAGGAGAUCAUGAAGCAGAUGCGGCCAGACGAUGAGCUUGAGAAGCGCAAGGUGUUUGCCUAA